UGCCUCCCAAACGGUCUGAGCGCGUGCCGGGUUUCUGAGAGCGGCGCGGGCGGGGCAGCGGAGAAGGCGAGGCGGUCGAGCCACCCGAGGAGUGACCGGAGCAGCGAGCAGCGGCGCUCAGUGAAGAUUUAGGUCUUGCUUUGUGUGCUUCGGUUCGUGCCCGUGUCUCCUCCCGGCUUUUCCGUCAAGUCUGCGGAGGUCUGGCCUCGUGUGGCGGGCUUCGCCUUCUCACACGGUAGCGGCCCGGAAACCCCUGAGGGGCACUCGCUGAACUUUUGUCCCUUCUCACAAGGAUGGAAAUGCUACUCUUUCAUGUCUGGGCCCUGCUGGCCUUGAUCCCUUUCCCAGGGGCUACUGAAGACACAUUUGAGGUUUCUGUUUGGCCAGAUCAGGCCCUGGUAAAGCUUGGACAGUCUCUAAUGGUCAACUGCAGCACUACCUGUCCAGACCCCGGACCCAGUGGAAUUGAGACUUUAUUAAAGAAAACCCAGGUGGACAAAGGACCUCAGUGGAAGGAGUUUCUCCUGGAGGAUGUCACAGAGAAUUCUAUUCUGCAGUGCUUCUUCUCUUGUGCAGGGAUCCAAAAGGACACAAGCCUUGGCAUCACUGUGUAUCAGCCACCAGAGCAGGUGAUCCUGGAGCUGGAGCCUGCAUGGGUAGCCAUGGAUGAAGCCUUUACAGUGAAGUGCCAUGUGCCCAGUGUAGCACCCCUGGAGAACCUCACCCUUACCCUUCUCCAGGGUAACAAGAAACUACAAAGAAGGAACUUUAUGAGCUUGGCUGUGGCCUCCCAAAGAGCUGAGGUCACCAUCAAUGUCAAAGCCCGAAGGGCAGAUGACAGGUGUAAUUUCUCAUGCCGUGCAGAACUGGACUUGAGUUCAUAUGGUGGAGGGCUCUUUCACAGUAGUUCAGCCAUCAAGGUACUCCGGAUCUUUGAAUUCUCUCAGAGCCCCAAAAUCUGGGUCUCCCCACUUUUGGAGAUUGGGAUGGCAGAGGCUGUGAGCUGUGAGUUGUCUAGGGUGUUCCCAGCCAGAGAGGUCAUGUUCCACAUGUUCCUAGGAGACCAGGAGCUGAGCCCUUUUGUCUCCUGGAAAGGAGACACAGCAUGGGCCAAUGCCACCGUUCAGGCCAUGGAGACUGGUGAUCAGGAGCUGUCUUGCCUUGUAUCUCUGGGUCCAAUGGAAGAGAAAACAAGAGAGCCAGUGCAUGUCUAUAGCUUCCCUCCACCAAUCCUGGAGAUAGAAGAAUUAUACCCACUGGCAGGGACAGACAUUAAUGUGACCUGUUCAGGGCAUGUAUUAACAUCGCCCAGCCCUACUCUUUGGCUGAAGGGAGCCCCAGACCUCCCUGCCCCUGGGGAGCCUGCUUGGCUUUCACUUACCACCAGGGAGGAAGAUAAUGGCCGAAAUUUCUCCUGUGAGGCCUCUAUGGAGGUUCAGGGUCAACAGUUGAUCAAAACCACUGCAGUGCAGCUCCAUGUCUUAUACAAGCCUCGAUUAGAGGAAUCUGAUUGCCCUGGCAACCAGACGUGGGUCAAAGGGGCAGAGCAGAUGCUUGUGUGCGUCCCAAAGGGAAACCCAACUCCAGCCUUGGUGUGUACCUGGAAUGGAGUGAUCUUCCACCUUGAGGUGCCACAGAAGGCAACCCAGAACCACACGGGAACCUACUGCUGCACAGCCACUAACCAGCUGGGCUCUGUCAGCAAAGACAUUGCUGUCAUCGUUCAAGGACUGGAUGAAGGAAUCAGCUCCACCAUCUUCGUCAUCAUUGUCGCCCUUGGAGUGGGUGUCACCGCCAUAGCACUGUAUCUGAACUACCGGCCUUGCAAAAUAGAGAGGCGGAAAUUGCCCUAUAGGCAGAAAGAGAAGAACAAAGAGCAGGAAAGCCAGUUUGCUGUUCAGCAAGCAGAAAAGUGCAAUGCACAUAAUUGUUAAAUGGAAACAGCUAUUUGGUUGAAGGCAACCUCUACUACUGGGGUUUCCUAAGGGAGGAAAGGGGGGUAGGAGAAAGGAGGAGACAUUACCCUUUGUGUUCUGCAGUCCCACAAAACAGGUGUUUCAGGGUGCUUGGAUGGCUCAGAUGGUUAAGCGUCUGCCUUCAGCUCAGGUCAUGAUCCCAGAGUCCUGGGAUCGAGUCCCGUAUCGGGCUCCCUGCUCCUUGGGAGCCUGCUUCUCCCUCUGCCUCUCUCUCUCUAUGUCAUGAAUAAAUAAAUAAAAUCUUAAAAAAAAUAAAGGUGUUUCAGACCCCCGCAUCCCUUGUAUCUCAUCCAUCCGCAAGCUCAGCUCCCCUGAAGUCACUCUAGUCACUAGAAUUUCACUCGCAGUGUCCAGCUAAUGAGAGGGCCUCCUGCUCCUUACUGUGUGCUUAAUCAGUCCACUCGCUCUUAGACUCAAAAAAGAUCCUUACCUUUGCUCCCAAACAUCAGACUAAAGAGAUAGAAAUAUCUCAGAAAUGCAACUCAUUUCUCUUGGUUUCCUCAUGACUAGGUGGAAACCAGUUUCUCAGUCCACAGACAGGACUUCAAAGGGAGUGAAUACCAAAGAGAUAGGAAUCAGAAGCUUAUUCCUGCCUACACAUUCCCCUGCUCCCCUAACCUGAGGUUCUGGAGUGCUGGCUCCCAGAGCUGAAUUUGAUAACACCAUUAAGGGUCCGUGGGUAGUUAGGCUUCAACUCACUAACCAUCUAUUGUGUGCCUUGGAGGAGUGUAAAAGUCAUAAAUUCCAUAUUGUCAGACAAGGAGCUUACCUAACCCCAUGUUCUGUCCCUGAAGUGGAAAUUAGAGUUCUUCCAUUAAACUGACCUCAUAGGUUAUGGGCUCCAAACAUCUCUGAAUUCCUUUUCAUAAUCCACUAUAAAGUAAUCAUCUGUGAGUUCACAUUUGACAUAAUAAUUUUUUAAUCUAUACAGGCUCUUAGGCAGAGUUCCAGUGUUUUCUCUCCCUUUCCAUAAAGAAGUAUUUAUUUUCAUAUGUCUGCAAACUGUCCUUUAAGCUUCAGAACAACUCCUCCUGUGACAAUGUUUACCAUAGAUCUUAUGAUUCAGCUUCCUUCUCUGUUCUUUGGAAAAUAUAUAUUCACCCGUACAGAAGAUUGAGAAGUCAUAAAACCAGAUCUUUUCUCCCAAAUCAGUCAUGUAUGCGUCACUGAAAUGUUGUAUAUAGUAAAAAAAUAAAAGUGA